AUGCUCUCAAGUGCAGUGAAAGCAAAAGAGCGAAGUCAGUGCGCUUCCAACUCAAGAAUCUUCAAACUCCUAGCAAGUGUGUGUGAAGCAUCCACCACACGUCACUGUGGUUCAUCAUCCACCACACGUCACUGUGGUUCAUCAUCCACCACACGUCACUGUGGUUCAGCAUCCACCACACGUCACUGUGGUUCAUCAUCCACCACACGUCACUGUGGUUCAUCAUCCACCACACGUCACUGUGAUUCAUCAUCCACCACACGUCACUGUGGUUCAUCAUCCACCACACGUCACUGUGAUUCAUCAUCCACCACACGUCACUGUGGUUCAUCAUCCACCACACGUCACUGUGGUUUAUCAUCCACCACACGUCACUGUGGUUCAUCAUCCACCACACGUCACUGUGAGUCAUCAUCCACCACACGUCACUGUGGUUCAUCAUCCACCACACGUCACUGUGGUUCAUCAUCCACCACACGUCACUGUGAUUCAUCAUCCACCACACGUCACUGUGGUUCAUCAUCCACCACACGUCACUGUGGUUCAUCAUCCACCACACGUCACUGUGGUUCAUCAUUCAAUAUAUAG